CCGGGUAGUUGUGUGUAGCGGGUGUGGCGCAGCACGGAGCAGGGAGGGAGGGAGGGGGCGUCCCGGAGUCUUUGGAAAGACAGAGGGCGAUGACCACACCGGCAGGCUCGGGCGCAGGCUUCGGCAACGUGUCCUGGUGGGGCCUGUCCCCGGCGCUGGACCUGCAGGCUGAGAGUCCUCCUGUGGACUCGGACUUGCGGGGCGAUGCAGAGCCCAGGACCCCCGAGCUAGACGUACUGCUGCUGGGCUCCGUGGAUGGGCGGCACCUGCUUCGGACCCUGGCCCGGGCGGCGCUCUGGCCUCGCAGGAGGUUACACUUCUAUGUGCUAGAGAAUAAUCUGGAAGCUGUGGCUCGACACAUACUGAUCUUCAGCCUAGCUUUGGAGGAACCUGAGAAGAUGGGGUUGCAAGAGAGGAGCGAGACCUUCCUGGAGGUGUGGGGGAACGCGCUGCUGCGCCCCCAGGUGGCCGCCUUCGUGCGCGCCCAGGCCAAGCGCCUGGUGCACCUGGUUCCCGAGCCCGACCGCCUGGCGGAGCAGCUGCCCUGGCUCAGCCUGGGCGCCCUCAAGUUCCGCGAGCGCGACGCCCUGGAGGCUGUGUUCCGCUUCUGGGCCGGCGGGGAGAAGGGGCCCGAGGCCUUCCCCAUGAGCCGCCUCUGGGACUCCAGGCUGCGCCACUACCUGGGCUCCCGUUAUGACGCCCGGCGCGGUGUCAGCGACUGGGACUUGCACAUGAAGCUGCACGACCGCGGGGCCCGAGUCAUCCACACUCUCGAAUUCCGGCGUUGGAGGGACACUGGUGUGGCCUUUGAGCUCAGAGACUCCAGCGCCUACCACGUGCCGAACCGGACCCUUGCGUCAGGUCGCCUCCUGAGUCAUCACGGAGAGCGUGUCGCAGCGCGCGGGUAUUGGGGGGACAUCGCCACAGGUCCAUUCGUGGCCUUUGGCAUUGAAGCAGAUGAUGACAGCCUCCUGCGGACCAGCAAUGGACAGCCAGUCAAGACCGCCGGUGAGAUCACGCAGCACAACGUGACAGAGCUGUUCCGAGAGGUGGCCGCCUGGGGGCGCCCAAGAACUGCCCAGGGAAACCCCGAGCAGGUGCACCAGGACCAGGAUGGAAGACCAGAGCGCGCUGCUCCUGCCCCGGAAUUCUUCACUGUGCACUUCCUGCCUCUCGGCUCUGCCCAGACACUUCACCACAAAAGCUGCUACAAGGAACGGUUCCAGCUUCUCUAUGUGGCCUGUGGGAUGGUGCAUCUUCUUAGCCCAGAUCUGGGGGCCACCGUGGCCCCUGGAGGACGCCUGGUGGUGGAAUUAGCGCGAUACCUGGUGGACCUGCGGCAGGAGCAGCUGCAGGGGUUUGCCAGCCGGGUUGAGGAGCUCGCUCGGGCGGCUGGGUUCACCCUACUGCCGCAGGCCAGGCCCUUGGAGACCUUCGCGCGCUUCCACAAGGCCCCAGACUCCACUUGUGGCACUGGCUCCGCUGUGGACUCCAUGACUCCGCUCCCUCACGUCCCAACCCCGCCCCUUGAGGACCGGAGCCAGGCUCUGGAAGGCGGGACCCCACCCCCUGAGCCCCUCAAGCGGCCCCCAGAGUCUCCGGCUCUACCCACAGAGUCAGACUCCACAACCAGAGAGUCUGACCCCUGUCCCCAUCUCUGACUUGUAAAGUCAGGUCCUGGAAUUUGA